AUGGCACAAUACUUUCUCUGUUUCUUAGUUAUAUCUCUCACAAUCUUUGCAUUUUCGAUCACCACUGUCGAGUCUCGUUCUCGUGCAAGGAUGUACCUUGAGUUACAAUGUCGAUCGGCGUUAUAUCCUGAUCUAUGUGUCGAAACUCUUUUACCAUAUGUUAGCAGAUCAGGAUUACCAAGCCCUCAAAUGUUGUCUCAAAUUUCACUAGCUACAUGUCUAUCCAAAGCUCGAUAUACCAAAACCUAUCUUAACAUGAUAGCAAAGAAAUUACUCGUAAAUGAAACCGGUUCAUCAGUAGAUGAGUCGUCUGAAUAUAACUACCAAGCAAUAGAAGAAUGUCUACGCCAAAUUAACGAUGGAGUGAACCAAAUUACACAUUCCUUUAAGGAGUUGCAACAAAUAGGAAAGGAUGGGGAUGAAAAGUUUGUGUGGCACGAGAGCAACGUGCAAACUUGGGUAAGCGCCGCCUUGACAGAUGCCACGACCUGCAUCGACGGGCUCUUGGGUGAUGGGAUGAUAAGCAGGAGGGAUAUUAUGAUGAUUAAAGCACGGUUUUUGAAUGUGAAGCAACUGGCUAGUAAUUCUCUUGCCAUGUUUAGUAGGUUCACAACAAGAUAUCGUGCCUCUCGUGGCAUAAAGAAUCCUAAAAUUUUGACAUAA